CACCUUGAAAUCGUGAAAGUAUUACCAGACACCUCACAAGAGGGAAACGCGUAUGGGAAUCUUGGCAUGCACUAUGCCUGUGUCGGCGAUUGUAAAAAGGCCAUACAACACCUUGAACGUCACCUUCAAAUCGCAAAAGAAUUACUUUACAGAUCACAAGAGGGAAUUGCGUAUGGAAUUCUUGGUAUCUCCUAUACAAGUCUCGGAAAUUUUAUAAAGGCAACAGACUGCCUGGAACGCCAACUUGAAAUUGCGAAAACAGUGAGAAACAGAUCACAAGAGGGAGUCGCGUAUGGGAAUCUUGGCAUCUCAUAUGCAAGUCGUGGAGAUUUUAAAAUGGCCAUAGACUUCUUCGAGAGUCAACUUGAAAUCGCGAGAGAAUUGGAAAACAAGUCACAAGAGGGAUGUGCGUACCAUAAUCUUGGCAUUUCCUAUGCAAGUCGUGGAGAUUUUAAAAUGGCCAUAGACUUCUUCGAAAGUCAACUUGAAAACGCGAGAGAAUUGGAAAACAGGUCACAAGAGGGGUGUGCGUACCGUAAUCUUGGCAUUUCCUGUGCAAGUCUUGGUAAUUUCAAAAUGGCCACAGACUGCCAUGAACGUUUACUCGAAAUCGCGAAAAAACUCUCAAAGGGGUCACACAUGUUGCUCUCGCUUAGAAAUCUUGGCCCCUCCUAUGUAAAGGAAAAGGCUGUAGAUCUCCUUGAACGUGAACUAGAAACCGCGUUAAAUUUGAGAGACAUGGUUCAAGAAGGAAGCGUUUAUAGGUGUCUUGGAAACGUCUAUCACAAUCAUGGUUUUUUCGAAAAAUCUAUAGAUUAUCAUGAGCGCCGUAAACAAGUCGCGAAAAAAUUGGGAAACAGAUCAGAGGAAAGUAGUUCCUACGAAAGUCUUGGCAACGCCUAUCUAAGUCUCGGGAAUUUUGAUAAGUCCAUCCUUUACUUUAAUCUUCAAUUACUAAUCGCGAAAGAAUUAGGAGACAGGUUGCAAGAAGGAGGCGCACAUGGAAAUCUUGGAAAGGCUUUUUACGGUGUCGGAGAUUUUUCAGAGGGCUUAAGCCACUUUGAUCAGCAACUGACUAUUGCGAAAGGAGUUGGGCAUAAGUGGCAAGAGGGAAGUGCAAAUGAAAAUCUUGGCAACGUCAAUUUUUGUCUUGGAGAAUUUAGAAAGGCCAUAUACCACUUUGAAUGCCAGCAAAAAGUUGCAAACGCGGUUGGAAACAAGUCCCAAGAGGAAAGCUCGUACGAGAACCUUGCCGACACACAUCGAAGUCUCGGAGAUUUCAAAACAGCCAUAGGCUACUGUGAACGCCACUUAAAGGCUACAACGAAGCUUAAAGGUAGGUCGCUUGAAAGACGUCACGAGAAUAGUCGAUUAGCUACGCAAGUUUAAUAAGGUUAAUCUUGAGUUAAUGACAAAACCGAGCAUACUAGGUAAAGCGAAUUGUGGUGGUAUUACAGUCCGCAUGAGCAAGAGAUAUUGCCUGAAAAUCUGGGAUCAAUUUAAUGAAACUUUACAAGUGUAAUGUACAAAUGUAGCUAUUAUUUUCAGACUCUAAAACAAUGGCUACACUUGUAAAAGUUUUAUUAAAUUGACCCCUGAUGUCUUCAGAAGUAAAGUUGAGUUCAUGUUUACGGCAGGGAACAAAACUGAAGAGAAAGGAAUAAGUAAUGAUCCUUACACUGGAACGCAGUUUAUGCAAUUGCGUAGAAGAUCAUUCCUCUUUUGAUUUCAUUUCCGCAGUUCUGAUAUAUGAUUUAUUUCAUAUACAUUUGCCACAGUCAUCUCUUUCACGGGAACAGUUCAACACAUAACUGACCAGCUCGCAACAUCAGUGGCUUCAUAGCUUAGUUGGUUAGACCAUCGCACCGGUAUCGCGAGGUCACGACGGGCUCAAAGCCGGUUGAAGUCCUGAAUUUUUUAAAGGUUUUUACGCAAUUGCGUAAAUUGCGUUCACAACUGCGAGAAUCAUUCUUCAUUUGAUUUCAUUUCCGCAGUUCUUAUAUAUGAUUUAUUUCAUAUACAUUUUUCACAUUCAUCUCUUUCUCGGGAACAUAUGAAAACGUAAUUGACCAGCUCCCAACAUAAGUGGCUUCAUAGUUGAGUUGAUAAGAGCAUCCGCCGGUAUCGCGAGGUCACGGGUUCAAAUCCUGUUGAAGUCUUGAAUUUUUUUUUUCAGGCUUCUUACGCAAUGGAAUAUAUUGCUUUCACAACUGCGAGGAUCAUUGUUAAUUUGAUAAACCAGUGUUUCUAGUGUUUGUAAAGCGAGGUUGACAACGGACAGACGAGAUUUGGUGACUUGGUUUACAGAAAAGUGUCUGAUGUCCGUAUUAACCUCAGCCGUAUAAAACGUUAAUAUAAUAAAUAUAUUGAGCUUUUCGCGGGGACAAACGAACCGUCCGUCAAAUACGGGUGUCCGUAUUUAGCGUCAGUGUCCUGAUUCACCCUUUUACAAAUGGUAAACACAUUAUACUUUGAAUAUGAACUCACAAUUGACCUGCCCUCCAACAGCUAAGUGAGUUUGUUUCAUUUUUGUUUUUAUUUUUUACGACAAGGUGACCUCAAGGCGGCAAACAUCGAAGACGUCAUUACCAGUGAAGGAGGUAUAGUGGCUGGAAAGAAUGUCAGGUUGGUUUGCCCCACUGGAGCUGUUGACGAUUCCUUGUCUAUAAGGAUAACAUUAGAGGAUCCGUCAAAUUACUAUUGCAUGAUCACUUCAAAAGAUCUUGAAAAUGAUGUCAUGAUAGCUGCACCAAUCGUAAAUCUUCAGCCCAAUGGCCAUUUCUUUAGGAAACCCCUUAAGUUGACAACUGCACUCAAAAUCAAGCGUUUCAAGAGAGGCGAUGUUUUCAUUUUGCAUGGCACAGAGGCUAGAGAUGGAAAGAUCACUUGGCAAGACGUCACUCGAAACUCAAAGAUCAAUCAGGCAACCGCAGAAGUAGUCACUGAAUUGGAGCAUUUCUCACUCAUUUUGGUUCUGUUACGUUGGACGUUGAUCUGCGCUAAAGACAUUCUAUCCAGGUUCGAUUUACUGUCGUUUAAGUAUACGUUAGUCGUUUUGUUGAACAAGAACAUUCCCUCUUCAGUCCACGAUGUACUUGCUCUACUGUUCGUGAGCCAAGACCUCUUUCAUGAACAAUUCUACAGAGAGAACGAGACUUCAGCCCUAGUGCAGCUCAAGAAGGAAGGUUUUGUGGAGGUCCACUUGCGUUCCGCUGACGUAUUGGAUGAAAAGCGAAUCUACAACCACGAAAACCUUCAAGUGAGUAUUCAACUCGGAGAAGACUACAAACUAGCUGACUGUCAGCACAGAAUGAUUAGUUUCAGUGUAGAUUCUUCUGUUUGGUGGAGUGGAGGAAAAGUAAUCAAACUUCCUCUGGAAUGGAAAAACGAAGUGCGAUGUCUGUGUGGGACAAUCAGUGUACAAGGAGAAAAUGGGCAUGCGAGCAAGAAGCAUUUUAGCGAAGGAGGUAAAUGUGUGUAGCUAUAGCAUACUCAACCUAGAAUUAUGCCCAUGGUGUCAUAGAUCAGGUCCACGACAGUGACUUAGCGUGAUAUGUCUUUCUACAACCCUACUGAGACCGGGGGGUUGGUAUUUUGAAGCCCUCCUCACUAAAAACUUGACAAAUCGAAUAGCUUGUGAAUUAAAAACCAUUCGAGCUAUAACCAAGUUAACCGCUGUGUAAUUUUGGUGGCCGUAUCAUGAGCGGUUUUGAAGUUAUUAAUUAAUUGGGAGGGUCUCCGAAGCUUUCCCUGGUCGCAGGAAGCAAUAAUAAAAAGGCAGGUCUGGUUACGGUUUAACUAAGGCUCUGUUUACAAGGAGGGAGGGUAACCCUGGUGCUAGGGCUACCCCAGCACUCGCGUAUUUCUUCUUUUUUCACACGACGUGUUUACAAGGCAGGUAGGGUUACCCUAGCGCUAGGGUAACCCUACCUAAUUGGUAGGGUUACCCUAGCAAGAGGGCUACCUUACCUGCCUUGUAAACUCUCAGCUAGGGAUACCUCACCUACCGGGUCAAGUUUGCGCCGUCAUGAGUGACCAGUAAUCGUGCCAAUUUGAGCGGUAUUAUGCAAUUUCUGAGCUUAAUUAUAAACAUCUGAAAAAAAAAGUUCUGUUCUGUCCACGAUGAUAAUAUUUUCCCUUUCUUUCGUGAAUUUAACGUGUUUUCCAAAGGAAACUUCAAGAUUAUUUCAAAUUUUGGAUCGCUACAAAGAAUAUCAAGCAUGACGAAACACGUCAGUAAAGCUGGUAAAGUUGAACCGGGUGAUAGGUUAACCCUACCUGUGAAAUUUUCUUUUAAACCAUAGCCAACUUUAACCCGCUUGCUAGGAUAACCCUAGCACAAGGGUAACCCUGUCUCCUUCUAAACAGGCCCUAAGAGCGCUUACUAUUUGUCAGAACUGACCGGCCAGACCAUUCCUAAAUGAAUAAGAAUUUCAAUGUCCGGGCAGAUAAUUCGUAGAUAAUAUGCAUGGAGUUGAUGGGUUUUUAAGCGAAAACCCUUUUAAAAAGCCUAUUUCAUUUUGGCUAAAGCGCUAAAGUUUGGCCAUUUGUUGAUGGCUGAUGUAGUCUGGGAUUUGGCAUUGCUAACCUGAAACACAUAGAGUAAAAGGAUGGUGAAUUUUGGGGUGGGGGGAGGGGGGGUUAUUUGUUCAAGACCGCACUCGAGACCUUUUAGGCAGUUCAAAGAAAGCUGGAUGUUAAACCAUAUCAGAAAGUGUUUAUUGCUGUUCAUCUCUCUUGAGACUAAACAAAAGUUAACUCGUCUCUUUUAUUUAGGGCAUUUGGUAUAGCACAUGUGACCCCAUGAUUGAUCACCUGGGCCAUAUAAAUUCCUGGUUUUGACAUGUCAUUAGUGUUUUUCUUCAUCUUUACUAUGUUAAAGAGGUAUAAGUAAGUCAACUCAUCCGUCAAUUUUAGGGCUUUAAUACCCGCAAAUACAGUAUGCACCACACUUUGGUGCCUUCAAACCAGUCUCAUGAGGAAAACUCACUUCGUUCUUUAGUUUGGUAUACAGAGGUAAAUAAAGGCUCUUGAGUUAAAGACCUUUCGUUAUAAAUGUAACAACAAGUAUGAAUUCGUGCUUCUUCUACAGAUCCUUGUAAUUAUUUAAGAAGGCUACUGGGGUUGGAACAGGACACCGCGUUUAACGUCGUAACUAUUGCUGAGACUCUUAAGGUUCCUAAAGAGUCAAUAAAUGAGAUGAUGAAACGUUGGAAGGACGACGAUGAGCAGUUGGAACUAAUUUUGCAGCCAUGGUCGGAAGAGAGUGCUGACGCAGAACUUUCUUCUCACAGAAGUCUUCUGGAGGGCUUAACUCAGGAAGGUUAGUUGUGCUUCAGGCGGCUUUGUGUCGUUAUUAUCUUAAUUAUGGCGCGAUGAAUCUUUUAAUUUCCUACUCGGAACAGAAUUUAAAGCGGGUUAUUAUUGAGUGCUAGAGACAUAAGAUGUUGAAAACUAUUUUUAAUCCUAGUUUUUCAUCCCAGUCUUUUUCCGCAUUCUUUAUUUUCUUCAUUUGGCAGAACGUUAAAAAAAUAUUUAUCACCAGUUAAAUCGAAUUUUUUCGCGUUAUUACUGCCGAUAGCUGUAGGUCCUCUGAAAUUUUAUUAGACAUCGAGCUAAAACCGAAAAAAAGUUAUUGCAUAUAGUAUGUCAUAAUUCAAUGCCGCACCUCAGCCUAUAGUUAGUAACAACGGAGCUACCUUAAAGUGCUACUAUGAUCAAAUCUUUGACUACCAUUUUUUUCGCUAGAUUGGCAGUUUAGUACUUGAAGUACAUGGUGUGCAAAUUAUAGCUUCAUACGAUCAAGGAAAGUGGUAUUUUUUGGCGCUUAAAAACCAUUAAUUUUCGUCCACCAUUAAAACGCUAUGUUCCUGUGGCCUGGUUACCAAGAACACAAGGCAAUUGCUCUGUGACGUCAUUUACUUAACUUAGUACACACAGCAUGACAAUUUUCUUCCAAGAACCCUGCUCAACAAUGUUCCCUUUCCUCCCACUUCGAUGCGUUCAUGUUUAGGAAGACUCUUUCGAUCUUACUACAUUAGGCUCCGUAUGUGUGCAGCAACCGCUUCAAUCGAUAGAAUUGAGCUGCACGCGAGUCUGACCAACUGAAUGUGAGAUUCGAGGAAUAGGUUUGUUUCCAGCUGACAGUUUCGCUGUUUUCUCGGUUUGAUAACUUCGAAGAGUGCUGCAAUAGCAUUUACGGGGCUUUCAACGCAAACCAGUGGCGGAAAAUUAAACUUGGAUCGUUUGCUAGCAUAUGGAAGAAAGAUCAAUCGACAGAUCUUGAAUCCGGAGAGAAAUCUUCGCAUAAAAAGGGAGCGCAUGGAGGUAAGCUUACAGUUCGCAAAACUGGCAGUGAAUGUCCCCAACGCUAAGUUUAACGAAGGGCCAAGGGACUGGCAAAAUAUGUUUAUUAUGACGAGGUUUGUUAAUUUUUAUCCAGGUUCUUUUUCAUAUUGCCUUAUAUUUUACUAUUACUGGAAAAAAAAUACUUUGUUAGACCGAGGACUUCGUUAUAGAGGUUCCAUUGUAAUAUACAUUUUCAUAUGAAUAGUAUCUUUGUUGGAAUAAGAAUCUUCCAGCAUCUAAAUUUAUUAUUGGUCUAUUUUGAUCCCAUCGGCAAGCCUCAAAAAGUCAGCCGUCCUAGAUUUCUGCAUUUUCAAUCCAGCAAAGCUAUGUAACAUUUGCAACAAUGCAGAAUAGUCUUUUUUGAUGAAGGUUCUUGAUUAAAUCUGAAGACUACUCCAUGAACUACGGUUUCUUAAAACGAAUUAUAUCAGCUGAUGAUGUGGUUUCUGGCACAUUUCAAUGACAUGCUAGACAAAAUGAAGGCAUUUCAGGAACCUACAGUGUAAUAUCGUGAUCUGCAAACCUCUAGUGGUGGAUUCAGCAUGUGCAAUCACGCUCAGCAGGAGAAAGGUACUUUUCAGCGGCUUGAAAUUUAUGAACAUGACUCUGCUCAACAAUGACUCAAGAAAGGUUCAGUAAUCUGACAGUUCUAAACAGCCACAAAGAGAGAACAGCCAAAUUUGCUGUUCCCCCGACCUCAAUGUAGGUGGUCACCGGCCCCCGCACGUUAAAAACUGCUUCCCAGGCCCUCUUAGCACAAUCAAGGAUGGGCCUCCAUGAUGAACAUCAUUUCCACUGUGUAACACUUCUUCCUAGAGGCAGUGAAUUUAUGGCACACUGUGUUAUCAGCAGAAUCGUGCAACCUAGUGAUGUACUGAACAAUUUAGUUUGCAAAUAAUAAUUUAUUAAUGCAGUGAUAACCCAGUACUCUAUGAUCAUGUAGACACCCAUUUAAUUGGACACCCAUAUAUAACAGGCAGUUUUGUUUGUCCUGAGGAAAAGCAUACAUUUUUUCUUUAAAAUUAACCGGCUUAGUACGCACAGUAGUUAGCACAGUAGUUAAUGUGGACAACAACCACUUUCUGUGUUUCAAGUCAGAAAUUCCUAUAUAUUCUUAAUCCAUCUUUACAGACACUGGUUACCCAGGCACUUUCUAUUUUUCUUGUCACAAUGAUGUGCCAAUUGUAGACAUUGUACCAAGUUCACGGGUUAAUAAGAUUUUAUUACCAAAACAUCUGCAGCCAAAUAGCAUGACACAUUUGAUUUUGAUACCUCUUUCUUUCUUUCCCUGUUAGUAGUCCUUUGAUAAAUUUUCUGCCUCCUACUCAACAAGUUUCACGUCCUUGGCUUUUUGCUACAGUUAUUGUUCCUACCCUUCUUCCUCCUUGUUCCUUUAUGCUAUAUAUCAAAUAAAUCACGUGUCUGUGACUUUUUUCCAGAGAGUUAACUUAAUAUGGACACCCGGAUAAUACGGACACCCAGAUAAUAUAGACAUCAUAACAUGUCUGUAUUAACCUUUCCACUGUAUAUAUUUUCUUGUCUAGCCAAAGCUUCAAAGCUGGUCCCAGUAAAGAGAGCAUCCAAAAAAUGCACACCUGGGUUUGAAUAAUAAAUAAAUUUAAAAAAAACGUCACAUACAACAAUUUCAUAAAGUUAUAUAUAAAAGUUAUGGAAAUACAAGGGGAUAUCAUUGACAAUAGUUGGAUGAGGUGAAAUCUCUGCAUUUUUAUUAGCGUUGCAAUUUAUAAGUUGCAAUAAUGAUCUGCAGUCAAUCGAUAGGGAAGGCAUAGGCAGACACAGCCUUUUCAAAAAAAACAUGAGCUACAAAGAAUGUGACAGUCUUUAAUGUCAGCACUGAAAAUUAUCAAAUUGAUAUACCAAAUCAAGAGCGAGCGAUCCCCUUAUUUAUCUAUUUAUAUUGAAAAUGAGUAAAUUAACUUUUCUGACAAAGAGAACUUAACAUUAGAUCUAAUUCAACACCAAAGUAACAAUUAAAUUUUCGAUAAUAAAGGACAGCAGUCCGUUUAAGAUGGUAAAAAAAAAACACAUGCAUAUGACAACGAGCUGGCUGCUUUAGAACUGAAACUUAGCUGAACUGAAAACUGUACCCACUCUGAUUCGCUGUAACUGAAGAGCUAUAAAGCAAAACUUUAUCUACACUUGGAUAAAUGAGCACUCCAGAGUGGCUAGAAGGCAGGUGAAAUUGGUGAGGACUCUCGAUCGUCUUGCCUGUGUAUUAUGAUUAUAGCUAGUUCGUAUACAAAUACACCUACCAGUAGUCCGAAUCUCCGUCGGCACAAACUGCAUAAAAUACGACUUGGUGAAGUGUGUUUUUUUUUCUUCUCUGAGGCUAGCUGCCCUUAUAUUUGACUUUCUCAUAUUCAGUCGGUGCUGGUUCUACAGAGUCAUCGUAAUCUACGAUUUCCUCCUUCACAAUUCCAGAAUCGGGCGAAGACGAGCGAAGCUUUGAGAAUCGCUCGCAGUUUCAGUUUUCUCACGGUUCAGUUCAUUUCAAUGACUGAAACAGGUACAGCCACUUCUGAUAAGCUGAAAAGAAAGCGUUUUUGUGACAAACUUGACAUUAAUUUUUGAUCGUAGUAGCACUUUAAGGUCUCUACCUUCGAUUAGCCACCUGUACAUUCUUUAACAUUCUUUUAUACUUCACAAACGACAGAUUAGUACCUUAUUAGAAUUUGACGGUUAUUUCGUUUGUUGGGUGAGUGGUUAAGAGAAUAAUUUAUUAUAUACAUACUGAAAUUAUUAUUAUUAUUAUUAUUAUUUUUAUUGUUUUUACAAACAUAAUGCUGACUUACUUACAUAGUACUUACUUAGUUACAUAAAGCUUUAUAUUAAUACCUACUUACAUAUAACUUGCUAAGUUAAAUGCUAGUUACUUACAUAAUAUAAACUUACAAGAUAAUGCUUACAAAACAGGAGCCGAUGAGUUGGAGUCUGUUACAAAAUAAUGAAAAAAGAAUUCUAAUACAACUAAUUACUAACUUACUAUCUAUUAACGAAGAGGAAAUACGCUAAAAACGACGAAAAAUGAAUAAAUAAAUAACAAACAAACAAACAAAACAAAAAAGCCAAAAAACAAGGGAAAUUAGCCAGAAUCAAGAAAAUUAUUUUUACAGCUUGACUUGCACCUUAGCUUUGCUAGUUUCAAUUUGUAUUUUAUUUUUAAGGAUAGACAAAAAAGCGUCGAAAAAAUAAUCUUCCUCAUUUUUAGACGCGGUGUAAAUAUAGUAUUUUGGAAUUAUCAAGCAGAGGUUUAAACCAAGACACUGAGGCACGGUGUCUGUAAUGCUAUAAAGUGUUUGUGCUUCAGAAAGCGAGAUCUCAAUGUUGUUUUUUUCGCGCCACCAAACUGAAAAAUGUGUCCAAAACAGCUGAGCAUUGGGGCAAGUCACAAAUAGGUGUGUGAUUGUUUGCUUUUCAGCGCAUAAAUGACAGCGGUCAUGUUCCUUAAUUCCGAAUUUAUAUAAUGUAGCGUUGGUGGGUAAGAUGUGGUGUAAGAUCUUGAACUGAAACAUUGAGAGUUGUAUGUCUUUUGUAGCACUGAAAGGCAUCUUGUAAAUUUGAGAAAUUUGCUGUUCAUUUAAACUAGCUUUUCUGAGUCUUUUUUUGGCGGUGGCAGGAACAAAUUUCCUUUCAACAAAAAAGUUGGUAGCAAGUUUAGAAGAAAGCUUCUCAACGGGAAUUCUAUCCAUACUUAUGGAUUUAUUCGAAGGCGGUUGUAAUUUACCUUUCAUUAUUUUAAUCCAGUUAGGAGGAAUUACUUUGCAUAAACCGUAGUAGGUAAGAAAAUUAGUUUUAAGACCAAAAUAAGAGCAGAAGUCUUGGUGAGAUAGAAAGGUAUUGCCGUUGAAGAGAUCUCCAAUUUUUUCAACACCCGCUACAUGCCAUGCUUUGUAGUAUACUGAAUAAUUGUUGAUCCUAAUAAAGCGGUUGUUCCAUAAGAUUUCAUUCAGUAUUUCUUCUUUUGAGGAGGGAGUGAACGAAUUUAUGGAUUGCCAGGCCAACAAGGCUUUCUCGUAAAAGAUCAAUGGAAUGUGUAUGUUAAGAUGUUUAAGUUCAAAGUUACAUUUAAGGAGAAAGAGACCACCGACCCGCUCUAGCAGGGAAACAGGAAUGUGAGUCCAACUCGCGGUGGGAUGACAGCUGUCUAGUCUUCUGAUCCAAGUUGCUUUGAGAGCAUUGUUAAUUAUGUCAAAAUCAGGCAAUGAGAGACCACCUUUUUCUUUAGGGCCAAUCAGGGUAGUUUGUUUUAUUUUUGGUUUUUUCUUUUGCCAGACGAAUUGAGUAAUAGCUUUAUUAACUUUUUGAAUAAAUGCGGGGGUGACAGUGAGGACAGCAGUGUUAUAAAUAAGUUUGGAGAGGGCUAAUGCUUUUAAAAUGACAAUUCGACCAUGUAAAGUUAGGUUCCUAGGGUACCACAAGUUUAGCAAGGAAGCCAUCGAGGACAGUUUCUGUUCAAAGUUCCUUUUGAAAGCAGCUUCGUCAUCAUAAUAGAAGUGAAUACCAAGUGCAAAUACAGGGUCUUUUGGCCAUGCAAUAUCAAGAGGUUCUUCCGGGUUGUUUUUGUUCGCGCCUAGCCACAAGCCCUCUGUCUUGCUUCUGUUUACUUCAAGACCAGAGCAUUUUUGAAAAGCGUGGAGCAGUUGGAAGAGGUUUUGGGCAGAUGUUAUAUCAGAGACAAAAACAGUGGUAUCAUCUGCGUAUGGUGAAAUUUUGAAUUCCUUUCCAUAUAUGUUGAUUCCUUGAAUAUUUGCAUUAGACCUUAUUGCAUUAGCAAGAAUUUCAGCGCACAGCACAAAUAGGGAGCCGGAAAGAGGGCACCCUUGGCGAACACCUCUUUGUAGUUUAAAGAAGACAGAGGCGUAACCAUUAUUUACUACACAGCUAGAACAGUCAGUGUAAAAGGUUCGGAUCCACUGUAGUAACUGAGGGCCGAAAUUUAAUGCCUCCAAGGUCUUAAAAAGGAAGUACAUACUGAAAAAUACUCACCAAAAAGAUAUGUCGUAAAUUUACGUACGCAAAUUAGUUCUGGCCAAUCAGAGUAGCGAACGAUGGUUUUCACAGUUGAAAAAUCCGUCCAAUUAGAAUCGCGAACGAUGUUUUUUCACGUGUGAGAAAAAUGAUACUUCCAAUCAAAAGCCACAGAGGUGUGUAAGUUUCGCGCCAAAAUUCCCGCCUUUUAUUGCAGCUUGCAACGCCGCUUCGCACACAUUCAACGAGAAAAGUUUUACUCAAAGAGUUUUUCUCGCUAAAAAAGUGAAAAACAUUUCGGAAAUGGAGUGGAAUAGUUUCGUUUGUUUCACUGUCGAUAAAGAAAACGGUAGAGAGCCGGCGAAACAACAGCGGAAAGGGAAAAGCAGAACGAGACGUAAGCUUUUGUUGUGCUUUUUGUCUGAGCUACUUUGCCUUUCUUUUAAGCUUAAGCUUAUAUUGAAACCGGCCAUUUUACUUAAAUUCACUCAUUUUCAAUUGUGCAUUGUGCAUUCAAUUGAGAACAAACAGUUAAGAUUACUUAUAGUUCUUGGAUUACCUCAUAUCCUUACCGUCAUUUAUGUUUUUAACAAACGUUUUUACUAAAAAGCUGAUACUUUGUUUUCGUUGUCAUUUUGCGGUAAGUGUGUAGCGGCAAAUUUUAGCAUUUUUGAAAGAUUUAAAAUAAAAAGGCCGCCAAAAUGAUGAAUGUCUCAGUAUGUAUGUAAUAAACACAGUACCACAUGGAAAGUGCCUUGUACGGUAUUUACGCACUCGUUGUUUUUGUAUCAGAAAUCUUACUCGUUCGCUUCGCUCACUCGUUCGAUAUCUCUGAUACGUCAACAACUCGUGCGUAAAUACCGUACGCCAGUACUUUCCAUGAAGUAUUCUCUAUUUAUGCUCUUAUAUUUUUUGCCACCAGAAUACAGAGUUACACCAAGGGGCCAGAUGCAUAUCAGCCACCUGAGACAACUUGCCUUGAAGAUAACCGGUUUACAAGGCGUCAACACCGAUAUAGUGAAGAAUUUUGCCUGUAAAGCUACAACACUCUGUAAGUCAGUGUUAAGAGAUUGUUGUAUCGAAUUAGGAAUUUCUCCUGAGGGUGUGGAAAGAACCGCCUCGUCUUCUAAUCAAGCAGAUUAUUUCAUCGAACAUUUCAUCAAACGUCAACAAGUACCUGAUGAAAUUGCAAAAAACUAUAAAAGAGUAUGUUCAUCUCCUAAAGAAUCGAACACCAGAAUUUUCCUGGCCAUUGUUCCUCACCUCAUUCAAAACAUCAAGGAAAUUUUCGUUGACCGUGAUAGGUUAGUGCCGCAAAAUGGCUUGAAGGGUCUUCCUGAGAAAGAUAUCAAUCAAUUUUUGUCAAGCGUUUCGAAUGCCCAACAGUACAGCAGAUUCAAAGAACUUGUGUAUGUGGAGUGCCAAAUUCUGGAGAUGUUGUGCCUUGAGAAUCACAACCAGACGUCAGCCGCUGAAAUUACGAAGUGGAGCGAACGUCUAGCCAUUGACCAAAUGCUUAACUUUCUCGCAAGGUUUUUCCAGUACUGCGCGGCUGACAUGAAGCUGUGUAAGAGAUUAGACCUUUUUUGUUGCCGCCUACGAGACACAUUGUUAACCGAUGACAAGGAGGUAGACGAAGAUUUCAUGCAAGAUUUUUCCAACGUAAUAAGAGAGCUACUUGAUUUCGCCAAGUUUGAUCCAUCGAAACUGGUGAGAUUUGAACUGGUUGAUUCGAAAAACUCCACAGUGUCUUGUAACUCGUCUGAUGUUGACAACGUGGAGCACGACGAGUAUGACGACACAUACUCUCAAACGUUCAUUAUCAAGAAAGAAUCGGAGGAUGAGCUUCAACUGGGUGCGGCUGCAUGUGUGCACAUUGAUGGGUCAAUUUGCAAGAAAGGAGCAUUCCAGUCAGUUAUUAUGCUGAAUCAAUCUGGCAUGGAUGCAUUUAACAGAUGCAUGAGUCUCUUUGCUACAGCUGACAUUGCGGUAAUGAAAAUGGAAGCCAAAAACACGCAUUCGGGAAAUCUUCAAAUAGUUCUGUAUGCUUCACAAAAGGAGAAGCUAUCAGAAUUGAUACAGAUCUUCAAACGAGAACUGAGUGAAGACAUGGUGGACUUGAGCCACUCUGAGGUCUCUCAGUGUUACCUUUCAAUGCGUUGUAUUGACUUCACCAAAGAAAAGGUCCUAAGACUCCGUCUAGUGUACAAAUGGGGUUCGGAAGCUGUUGCUCUGGACAGUAACGACUUUGUAACCUUUUCCGAUUACUCAGCUGGCGGCGCUUGUUUACCAGAAGUAAUAAGUUUUGGUGGUAAGUUUGAUUCAUUGUUUAUUGUUUGUGUCUGUUUAUCCCACCCUAUUAAAGUUUAAUAAAUCCUUUGCUUUGCUGCGUCCAACGGUCAAUUUUUAAACAAAUUUUCGAUACUAUUAUACAAUGUAAUCAGUGUCUAUCCGUCUUACUGGCUUGGGGCCUACAGUGAAUUCUGAAUAUCAGUGCACCCUUAAGAUAAUUCAGUUAUCCACUACUACGUAUACAUAACUGAAUAAUCUAAUUAAAAGGCCAGCGCAACGCAUGAUUUCCACAAAUAAUACCAAGGACACGUUUGGCGAGUGACACUUCAUAUUACACGGUGCUUUUUCAUUCGGGGAUUCUUCUGUUUCCAAUAAACUCCUUACGAAAGCUGUACCUUUCUUGCAAGCUUCUGGCAAGAGAGGGCUUGAUGGUGGGAUAGAGGGCAAUGGUAACGCCCGAAUCUUUUUCAACUUCUUGCUUAAGCCUGAUUAUAGUGGAAAAAAAAUUGUGUAUCCUAUCUUGAAAAAAUGUUAAAGGAGCCUUCCUCGUGGGGGCGUUCGUUAUAACAGUCAUAAGAAGGAACGCGAAACUCGACAAAUGCUCGAAGAAGGGAGGUAUAAGAAGACAGGAAGGGAAAGAGGGGAGAACAGUUUAUGGAAUCGCCUUAUCAUCUAACUUGUGAUGAAAACAUUUCUUUCACUCAGGUUUGGACAACUCACUCAUUUCUGAAGAUUUGGAAGCGCUCUCACUGACUUCUGUUGGUGGCAAAUUUCCCUCGACUUCUUUUGAUCAGUUACAGAAACACGGCAGUGCUCAGUGCGGCAAAAUCGGUAACGAAAACUAAAGUGCUUUUCUUCAGUUCUGUAGAUUUCCUCAUAACUCUCAAACAAACGUCGGACGUCUAGUACUAACUUGAGAGUACAGUUGAACCUGUUUCCUCUGAACAGAGGUGUCCAAUGCUCUCUGAACUUAGUACUAAAAGGCGUUCGUUUUAGAGUUAUGGGUUAAGGUUUGCUAAUAAUUAACCAACAAAUAAAUAUUUUUCUUUUAUUCUGCCUCGGAAUCUGCUGCAGUAGUUAUUUCAACCGGCUAGAUAAUAUAUAAAAAGUCAUGAUUAACUUAUCUCUGCGGUGUUGUGUGUUGAGUUCCCAAAAGUGCAGUAAAUCGGUUUGAGUGAGAUAAUUCAUGUUUUGAAAGUACUCACCGCCCAUUGUGACUAUUGAACACUUAACUGACUUAUCAACGAUUUUUGUGGUCAGUCACUUUUUAAAUGCUAUAAUGUGUUCCCUGAAUAAGGUUAAGCCCGGAUUUGGGACCUAGAAAAAGUGUCCCGUGUUCCUUCAAUAGCGGUAACAAAUACGAAGAUUAUGCGAGCAUUUUGCUGGAACAAUAAUAAUACUAAUAACACUUUUAAACAGGCUCUAAACUAUUUAAAAAAUACUUUUAAAAACUUUAGGGAGAAAUAUAUAGAUAAUUUCAGAGAGAUCCUGAUGGCAUGUCUUCCUACACCUUUAGUCUUCCUACAAGUACUUUUUUUUCAUCAGCUGGUAAAAAUUUAUAGUAGUUUCUCACAACGUGAGGAUAAUUAUUUCCGUCAGACGAAUGAAAAAAGAUAUUUGUUUCAUAAUAAAACGUUUCGGUUGCGUGGGGUAUCACAAAGAGUUUUAUCGGUUACGAAAUUAAUGUUUUCUAGAAGGUGGUGGGAUAUAUUUUAAAUGUCUUAUGAAUCUUGUUUCAGAGUAUCACUUACACCAGACAUUUAACCAAGUUACAAGGCCGCACACCUGUGUGAUAGGCAACCAAGCUACUGUGAAUGAUCAGAUGCCAAACCAAAGGUAAAUAUCGCCUGGAACUAAAUACAAAGGCAGUAGUCAGCAGUAUUCUGAUAACCUUUUUGUCGGUACGAGCUGUAAUAAACGAUUAAGCGCGUGACGCUGAUGUAACCAACUUGAGUUGCCUAUGAUUGCAAAGAGUAUCUCAGCUUUUUGCCGAAUUGACACUUAAAGACGAAUUAUGCGACAGAUGCCGCGCAAGAUCAGGAUUUGCCCCUGGGACCGGCAAUAUUACUCCAAAUUGAAUUUCACCUUAGCUUUAAUACCGUCAGUACUACAUUUUAAGGACAGGCUAAUUGAUGAUCAGAGUUAGUAUCGACCAGCUAUUUAGCUCAUGGGUCAAAUAUAUAGUGUUCUUGUCAAGACGUCCUUGUUUUAUUUCCUUUCCUCUCCAUUUAUUUUCCCUUUGGUAGAUCAUUUUUGUGUAUUUGGACUCGACGUUUUUCUUACCGUCGGUUAUGUUUUGCCAAAUGUUGAUGCAUGUAAUUCUUAAAACGGCAGUCACUGACAUUGUCGUCAGUUGACAGAUGUUUUGAUCUCUUUUACUUCAGUUUUACUGUACUAGGCGCGUUAACCUCUAUUAAAUUACGCCUAAUUGCACUGAGUGAGCCCUUAGGCUUUGACGCUUGCAAUUGGUUCCGGUUACAUUUCCCGGGUACGUUAACAUUUUGUUAUGAAUUAUUUAUUUCUUUUGCCCUCGUUUCACUGAAGACGUUCAGUGAAAAGGACUCAUCUUCGUGCGGGGCGCAGCUUAAGGCAGCGUCUGCUGUCAUUAGAGACUAGACGUUGGCGAACCAGAUAAAGGGGUGUCUUCGUAUAUCAAAUAGAGGCCCCUAAGAGUGGCAGGGUCUUGCUAAAAGUUACCAUACCAUGAGCCAUCUUGACCAUACUUAACCGCGAUCAAACAUGACAAAUUUACAAAGGCUUAGAAAAGUACUUUAAAACUAAGGUUGUAAAUUUCAAUUCGCUGGAAAUUUACUAAACUUUUUGAGGGUUUCCUCGAAACGAUCAAAGUGUGUGAAAACUGAUCUGGCUUUUCAGUUGCUCAACACGUCACAAUUUUACUCCGGCAAGAAGCGUUUUCAACGAAAAGAAACUCAUUGUACUGAGAAAAAUGCAAGGAUAGUUAAAUCAACUCAUUCUUUUAGACAUUCUUGGAUGCGCUUUUUUCACCUAGUGUUAAAGAAAAUCACAUGAAAAAGAAAAGCGCCUUGGACCUUUGACCGCGGUGGACGGAUACCAUACUUGGCUAGGAACGGACAGUGAAAAAAGCGAACUUAAACAUGGAAACGUUGGACCGAAGUCAACUUUAACAGAGUUCUCUGAGAUAAAUCGCUGAAACCCUAUCUGAAACGGUUGUUUAAAAGACUGGUGGACGAAUUUUUUUGAAGACUUGUGCUUGUUGUUUUAAGGUGAAGGUCAUAUAGUGGAUCAAAGUUCUAGCGUAAUUUACACGAAAACCUGGAAGGGUACUCAUAGAUCACUAUUUUUAGUUUGACUAGCGUUUUGUCUUGUAUCUUCUGUUUGUCCUUUAGAGCUCUCCCGGAGGGUUUGAACUGCUCUCCUAAGAGAUCCAUUACUGAAGGAAGGAGAUCCUUACCAGAAGUUGAAGAUUCCAAAGAUAGAUCAUGAACUGGAAAACACAAGUCAUGCCCGGCCCUGUUCGUAUGAUCAGCAAAGUAGCUAGUACGUUUAGCUCUAGUGCCUUUUUUUAUCAACAAGCCGUUUUGCCUUAAGGCAUACAUGUGGAAUAGCAUUACCCGAUAUUUUCUAUAACCAUGUUUAUAUAGAACUGAACUAUUUAAUUAAGAAAUUAAAGGAAAAGUUCUUGCUUUCUUCGGUCUGAAACUAGCCUGUGCAGUUGGCGGUUUUGUGUGGCGAGCACCUAAAUGAGCGGCGUAAGCGUACUUCGUGAGCGCGCGAACAAGCGGCCGAUCGCUUCUGUUCCCUCCAUUGGAUCUCCCCCAUAAAUCUGCUUACUGCGCAGGCUAUGAGUAGAAAGUGGAAUAGUUGUCAUAAUAACAAGGUUAUCAUCUUUGCUGGAAUAGAUGUUGAAACUUCUAAGGCCUUUCUUCUUAAGGCUGUGUAAAAAUUACUGGAUUACGCUCCGUACCAGAAUGAUUGUUUUUCACUAAAUCAUUUGAAAACGCGAAAAACGAGGCUGGGAGUCUCAGUGGCGUUUUCGAACCUUGUACGCGUGGCAUAUUUUAUCCUAGAAAUUUUGAGAACUGGCUCCUGGAGCCAGGAAAUCACUUGAUUUAAUCGAUAAUGUGAAUAUUGCCUUCACUACAUUCGUUCUCAUCAUUAUAGUUAUAACUUAGGUGAAUAUACUGAAAUUAUGUCUCUCUUUUUUACAUGUAUAAAUUGUAUCUGUUUUUUACGUUUAGAGAAGUUAGAAAGCUUGCUCUUGUAAAUCGAAUUUGAUGGUUGUCUUUCAGCUGACGUAAUAUUAACAUUAGGUUGAAACGUUUCAAUUUGUAACGGCUUAAAGUUUUAAAACUCCAUUGCCAACAGUUGCAGACCCUGUUUUAUUAUCGUUCUGACUAUGAAAGAAUGUUGCAUAUAUAUCUAUGGAUAAAAAUAUCAUCGUAAUUGACUUAGACGAACAAAAACAGAUGUUGGUAUAGAAAGACAUUUACUACUUGUUUAGCCUCUUCAUAGAUCUCCUAUUUCAUGUUCUGUUAAAAGAUUGUGUGCUCAGUAACUCGGAAGGAUAAAAAAGGUGAUCGCGAUCAAAAGCGUGAAAGGGGCAAAGGGACCAGUUGAAAAUUUAUCAAUUGAAUAUUUUAUUAUUACAUUUUGGUUACUAUUGUUCAACUUUGUAAUUUUAUUUUGUAGCUUCCAAAUUUUUUAACAUUAUGAAAUUUGGGGCACGACCUUGUAAGUUUCAAGCUUUAAAUUGUACGGUGUAAGGAAAAGGAAAACGUUGUGAACUAACUUCGACAAAAAUGGAGGAGCCCCUAACCAAUUUCGCCCACAACCGCCCGUAAGCGCCCAUGCAUAUCGGCUAAUCCACGUCCCUUCUACCGCUUGUGACGCUAUCAUUUUUAAAGCUCAAGAACAACUUUGUCAUCGAACUUGUACAGGCGGAAGAGAUCUUUCAAACCGUGUAAUGAUAUUCAUGCAUGAUUCAGUCAAGAAGGCCGACGACCCGAAGAAUUCCGAAGAAAAUCUUGUUUCACUACCCAAGUGCACUUAAUUCCUUCCAUUUAAUCCGCCUACGAUCCUAAAAGCUUUCCCAAAACUUUUCCCACCGAAAUGAAGCAUAGUAGAUGUCCAGCGAAAGAAAAAGUAAGGGGCGAGAAAAACGAAACAGAUGGAAGAGAGAAAGCGAAAGGUUAGUAAUAGUCACGAAAGUUUGCUUUCUGCACACUUUCAAACUGCGGAGGCUGAUAUUUGGCAUAUGGAACAGAAGGUGCUAGAAGGUCGUAAAGUGCUCGACCUAUAAACGGCGUUUUGAUCAUUUUGGCUCUGUAAAAUGGUUCGUCUAGCUUUAAAAUGCGUUUUUGGAGCAAAAUUCCCUGGAGCGAAUGGGUUUCACGUAUGAAGCAGCUUUAAAUUAAAACAGAACACAGGCCUUCUCUCAUUCCUGUAAACGAAGGCACCAUCUCGAGGCUUGUGUCAACCAAAUUUAGUGAUUUGCAUGAUACCAGGUACGAUACUAUCUACCCAUGCCUUGACCUAGGUUUUAUUGUUUCAGCCUACUGAAGCAAAAACAAAAAAAAACUACCAAGAGUUUUCAAGCACUCUUUCAAUGUAUUAACCCUUUGAACCCUAAGAUCAAAACUAAAAUUCUCAUCUGAUUUGUGGCCCCUAUUAAUUUACUCUAGAAGUAGUGGGGAGAAGUUGAUAAAACAUCAAGCAAAUACAUCUUGUGUGAUCAUGUCCUUAAUUCUCAUGACCACUCUAUUUUGCAACGCAUUGAUUUUACUUGGAGAAAUUUGAUGCUGAUCACUUAGGGUUUAAGGGGUUAAAACUAUCUGUUUUACUCUACACGUCUAGAUUAGCCCUACUAUUUACGGGUCGAUAGCAG